AUGCUAUGCAAUAAGGGAUUCUGGACGAUCCUGGUCCUGGUCUGGGCCAUCGCCCUUUCCAGCGACCUCUCGCUGGUGAGCGGCCAAACGGUUGCGCCCCGAACGAGCUCCACGGUGAAGCCCACCAGUGCCCCCAAGCUGGAUGUGAGGCCCACCAAGCCCAUGAUGAUUGUGAAUGCCCCGCCCAACAAGCAGAAGCAUCUCGUUCCCGUUCCGCUGAAGUCGGGAAUGCAGGUGAAGGACACCAAGCCGCUGCAGGUGACUGGAUUCAUCACGAAGUCUGGGAACAUCUACGAGAUCGAGGACAAGCGCGGCAUGGGGUCCAUCGAGGGGCGACAGGCGGAUGAUAGCCAGGACCAGAUCGUGUGUAACUACGGCAAUGUGGUCAUCUACAGUGAUGUGCCCUGUGACCAGGUGACCAAUGUCCGGGUUGGCGAGAUCAAGCCCAUCAGGGCAGGCGGCAGCGGCGGCGAGCAGCCCGCGGAGGUCAGCACCGAGAAGCCUCAAUCGCAGUCACAGUCGCAGUCGCAAGAGGAGGAGCAGGCCCCCGAAAAGCAGGAGCAGGAGCAGGAGCAGGAGGAUGGGGAGAAGGAGCAGGAACAGGAGAGCAACCAUCCGCGCGGUCAGCAGAAUCAGGGGGCGAAUCGUCGUCGUCGCCGUCGUCCCCAGCAGCAGCAGAAGCGCCGCCGCGGCCAAGGCGGCAACGUGCAGCAGCGUCGUCGUCAGCAGCAGCAGAAGCAGAAGCAGCAGCGUCGACGUCGCCAGCAGCCCAAAAGGCAGCGUCCGCAGCAGCAGCGUCUUCGCGUUCGCGAGGAAAACAACGAGGUCUAG